AUGAAUCUGAAAUGCCCUACCUUAGGUGAUUUCAGGUGGUACAAAGACAUGUACUUCAGCAAAGUUCUUAUUAGAACAGAUAGUUCGUUGGAAUUCUGGAAAGAGAAUUUUGUCAAUGGACUACCAAAACACUUUUCAAGGAGGAUCAAAGAUGGUCUCAAGACAAAGCACAAUGGAACAAUUCCAUGGCAGACUCUGUCAUACGGAUCCAUAGCAUCCUUCAUCAUAGAAGAAGGACUCAGGCUUUAUAAUGAGUCAAAGAUUCAAAACAAGCUCAAUUCUUCAAUAUCAAAUAGAAAAGAGCUUGGAAGAUUUUGCGAUCAAUAUGGAUGCAAGGGAAUAGAAGCUCCCUCAACCUCUAUACGAAACAAGGUUAAGACGCAUCCAAAACCUUAUCAUUCAUACAGGCCUAGAGAAACAUAUCGGAAUAAACCCGUGCAGUCUCAAAAGCCAGCAUAUUCAAGAAGGAAGUAUAUUCCUACAAAAACCCAUGGAGGAAAGAAAAAACAAACUUGCUUCAAAUGUCGUGAAGAAGGACACUAUGCUAACAAGUGUCCAAUCAGAGGAAAGAUCAAUGAGUUGGAUAUAGAUCAAGAGCUGAAAAAUCAGCUAUUACCACUGACCCUAACCGACUCAGAGCAAUCAAGCGAGGGAGAAAUCCUCGAACUCCAAGAAGAAUCCGAUUCAUAUUCUAGCACAGAAUACGAAUCAGAACAGGAGGGAAAAAGGACAUGCGAAGGAUGCAUAAAUGUACUCACAAAGGAUCAAGAAAUUCUACUCGAAGUAGUAGAAAAAGUUCAAGAUCCAGAAAUUCAACAGAAAAUUGCUCAACGACUUAGAGAUGCCAUGACAAUCUCUAAGCCACCUGAAAGGGAAGAAAGAAAUCCCUACAGACUCUAG